UCUUGUGGUUGUUAACCUGGAAGACAAGUCAGAAAAAGAUCGAAGAGAGUCUUCUUCUUUUUCUUCUUCUUCUUCUUUCUUCUUCUUCUUCUUCUCACGAGAGUUUCGUCUUCUUCUCUGCAACACACAAAUUUCUCAUACCUGCUCUGCCUGCUUCUCCGACUGCCGGACUAACAGGCCGCAGUUUUCUUCACACGUCGUCUCAUCAUCUCUUCUUUUUAUUUAUUUCUUUAUAUAUUUAUCUCCGAUUCCUUCCUUCCGUCAGGUCAGGUUCUUCUAUUCUUCUAAUAAAGAUGAAAUCCCGCCUCUUCAAAUUUGUUGUCUUCUUAUCUCUCGCUAUUCUAUCGACCACCACCCUGCAAGCUGUUUCUGGGAUCAGGUUUGUCAUUGACAGGGAAGAAUGCUUAUCACACAAUGUUCAAUACGAAGGCGACUCCGUUCAUUUCUCCUUUGUCGUCAUUAAGUCCGAGGGAGCAUGGCAUUAUGCUCCCGAGGGGGUUGAUCUUGUGGUGAAAGGACCUAAUGGUGAUCAGAUACAUGAUUUUCGGGACAAGAUAAGUGAGAAAUCUGAAUUUGUUACACGACAUAAAGGAGUUCAUCGGUUCUGCUUCACCAACAAGUCACCUUAUCAUGAAACUGUAGAUUUUGAUGUACACGAAGCCCAUUUCUCCUACCAUGAUCCCCAUGCAAAAGAUGAACACUUUAACCCUUUGUUGGAGCAAAUAUCCAAGUUAGAGGAGGCUCUAUACAACAUCCAAUUCGAACAACAUUGGCUAGAGGCUCAGACUGACCAACAGGCUCUGGUAAAUGAGAAGAUGAGCAAAAGGGCAAUUCACAAGGCAUUGUACGAGUCAGCUGCUCUUGUUGGUGCCAGUGUUGUGCAAGUUUACCUUCUUAGACGCCUUUUUGAGAGAAAGAUGGGGAUGUCAAGGGUUUAGCUUUUCUUCUUCUUCUUCUUCUUUCUUUGUUGUCCCCUCUGUGCCUUUUGAAUAUUUAUCCUAUAUACUGUAUAAGUUAACUUGUGUCUUUUUUGGUGGUUCCACAUUUGUUUAAGUAGCAGACAUGCAUAGACAUACAUACACAUAACGUGUAUUUUUAAUUUAUAACUAAAGU